UUGAUCUUGACACUCACUGUACGACCGACCCAGCUUUGCUUUAUUUCCAUGGCUGACAUUUGGCGCAGCGUGACGAACGUUCAGCCCGUACCAUGGAAGCGUUGGCUCCUCUUCCUCCUCACGUACCCUCUCCCGGGUACUGAGGUAGCAAGGGGUUUUCGCUUUGGAAUCCCAUGGGUUGUCAAGAUAUGCGCUCGUACCACCAGCACGGAAGCACAUGCCCUUAGAUUCCUUGAAUCGACGCGUCUCGCUCUCCCGAUCCCGCGACUCAUCUUCGCGUUCGCAGAAUGUGGCGCGACAUACACAAUCAUGUCCCGCAUCCCCGGAAUCUCCUUGAAAGAGGUACGCGAACGGGGACUGCUUUCGCUCGAAGCCGAGACGAACAUCCUUACGGAGGUCACAACCGUUUUGGACCAGAUGCAGACCUUACGCCAGCCUCCCGGCGACGAGGGUAAAGUGAUGAUGAGCACGUCUGGACACGAUUUGCCAGACCCCCGUUACUUCCACGAAACACGUUCAGGCCCGUUCCCCUCUGCGUUGCAGCUGUGGGUUCACUGCGCAAGCUACGAUGACAUCGAAGAGUUCAAGCAGGAUAUACCUCUUGCAGUCCAAGAGGCCGUGACCGCGGACCCCAUCAGAUUCGUGCAUCCCGAUCUUCGGAUGUACAAUGUCCUCAUCCACGACAACCAUGUCUCCGCUAUCAUAGACUGGGAAGAUAGCGGUUGGCUACCAUCGUCGUGGCAGGUGCACACGAUGCGCCACAUCCGGUUGGGGUGUAGGGGGUUUUGGUCUGAACACUGGCGGAAGCGGCAUCGUUUCACGGACGAAGCUGAAGCGGCUUAUGCAGCCUCGAUGACAUUCCUCACCAAGCUUCCUACCUGACGGGAUCGACCGGCUGUGUGUUGUAUGCUUGGAGCUCGUAGAGUUCGCGCUAUUGAGAGCUACAUCUAUAACGUGGUGCCGAGCGUCCAGGGUGAAUGUGUCCAAAUCACGAAGUUCAUCCCCACUAAUCACCUCCUUAUGCCAAACCUUGGCCAAAGUGUGACUGCCACUCAGCCCGUUAGUUCAUUCCUCUUCCUUCUGUUCAUAGAGACAAUCCGGAGCAUCAGUGAUGUUCUGAUGCUGUGUCCUUACGAGGACCACGCAAAACCACAACGAGUAGGUUUGAUUGACUAUUCAAGGAAGGUUUUCUCUCCGUUUGAGGUCACGGUGCGCCGCUGUGCUCAACGUACGUACUACGGGUGCAGGUUUCUCUUCAAUGUUCACAGUAUAAACACGCGGAGAACAUGAGAUCAUCAAACAGACCAUCGCCGUAGUGUGGCUACGAUACACA